UACCAUCCUCCUCUCUUUGCUUAUCAUCAUCCUUUGGGUCUGAAAAUGGCAAAGCCACCGGAAGAAGAGCACCCCAUCAAGGCCUUUGGCUGGGCUGCGAGGGACACUUCUGGUCAUCUUUCUCCUUUCAACAUCUCUAGAAGAGCAAGUGGAGAGGAAGAUGUUCGGUUCAAGGUCUUGUAUUGUGGGAUUUGUCAUUCAGACCUUCACAGUAUCAAGAAUGAAUGGGGCUUCUCCAAAUACCCUUUGGUUCCAGGGCAUGAAAUAGUAGGUGAAGUGACUGAAGUAGGCAGCAAAGUGGAAAAGGUUAAGGUGGGAGAUAAAGUGGGUGUGGGAUGCAUGGUUGGAGCUUGCCACAACUGCGACAGUUGUGCCAACGACCUUGAAAAUUACUGCCCUAAACUCAUAUUGACCUACAAUGGUAUUUACUACGACGGAACCAUGACAUACGGUGGCUAUUCAGAUUCGAUGGUCGCCAAUCAACGCUAUAUCGUUCGGAUCCCCGACGGAUUUCCCCUCGACUCUGCAGCUCCAUUGCUAUGUGCUGGAAUCACUGUUUACAGUCCUUUGAAAUAUUUUGGAUUAGGUGAACAUGGAAAACAUAUUGCCAUCGUUGGCCUCGGUGGUCUCGGUCAUGUUGCUGUUAAAUUUGCCAAGGCUAUGGGAUGUAAAGUGACGGUAAUUAGCACUUCCCCUAAUAAGAAAGCUGAAGCAUUCGAACAUCUUGGUGCUGACUCGUUUUUGGUUAGCCGUGACCAAGCCGAACUACAGGCUGCGAUGGGCACAUUUGAUGGAAUUAUAGACACGGUCUCUGCCGGUCAUCCAAUUAUGCCACUCCUCGGUCUUCUAAAAUCGCACGGGAAACUUAUCAUGGUCGGCGCACCGUCUGAGCCACUCGAGAUACCAGUCUUCUCAUUGCUCAUAGGAAGGAAGACAGUGGCCGGAAGCGGUAUCGGAGGAAUGAAGGAGACACAGGAGAUGAUUGAUUUCGCAGCGAAACACAACAUUAAAGCAGACAUUGAAGUUAUUCCGAUGGAUUAUGUGAAUAAAGCGAUGGAGAGACUCGAGAAGGCUGAUGUCCGGUACAGAUUCGUAAUCGAUAUUGGAAACACCUUGGCUGCUACUAAGCCUUGAAGUUGAAGACCAAUGAUCCUUUGCUU